UAAAGAGAUUACAUUAAUAUCAAUUUACCUAAUAACAACUUAUGUUUUAUUAUAAAAAAGAUAGGUUAACAUUAAUCUAACCAUCUAAUACAAUUUAGGUAAAAUUUUUAAUUUUGUUUAUUAUUUCAGGAUUUAAAAUAUUAUUUUGGUUGUUAAAGUCCAACCACCGUCAUCAUCGCCGACGGCUAGCAGCACCGCCGCCGGAAAAAUGUAAAACAUCGAAAGAGAGAGAGAGAGAGAUGGAGAAACAGAGACAGAUCGAUGGAGAAACAACACCGCUGCCGUGAACGAGUUAUUGUAAUCAUGACCGACGGUAAGCAUCACUGCCGCCGGAGGCAUCGUCUCGAUCUCCGGUGCCGGAAAAGAGAAAACGUGGAAAGAGACAGAUCGAUGGAGAAACAGAUAGGGAGAGGUUCAUGGUGGUGACGAUGCUCUGGUUGCAUGGACUCUUCGUUCGGAGGUCUGAUGUCGGCGAUUCUCCGGUGGCAUCGAGUCGUCGGCGGCUACUAUGCUCCGGCAGAUGGGGGACAGCGGGGACGACUGUUGCUCUUUCACAGCACUUAAAAUAUGUGGUUUUAGGGUUUUGUAUUUUAAUUGUAAAAUGGGCUAAAUGGGCUGAGCAUCGGAUAAUUGGCCUAAAACAUUCUAAGUGGGCUAACCUUUAAGUGGUUUGACCAUUUAAAAUAUGAUAAAUCAUUUUUUAAAAUAAAUCAGUUUUUUUUUAUUUUUUAAAUAUCAGCUUUUUUUAAAAAAAAAAAUAUCCGUUUUUUAAACUAAAUGGAUUGUUGCUUUUUGUUUUUUUAAAAUAAAUUAGUUAUUUAGACAAGUAGACAUUAGACAUUGCCGUUGAUUUUGAUUUUUAAAAGUUAAUCAACUUUUAAAAACAUAUAUGUUUAUUUUUAAUUAGUUAUUUUAUAUUAUUUUAGUUUUUUAACAAUUUUUUUUGUUAUGUUCAUAGCUUUAUUGAAAAGAUGACGAAUUUUUACGGGGAAAACUCAAAUGAAGGCAACGAGUUUUUUAUGGGGAUGUCACCAUUUUUUACCGAACGGGUGUUCGAUUCUCUAAAUGAGUUGAUGGGAUGGGUACAAAACAAAGCAUUUUCUCUUGGUUAUGUUAUCGUUAGAAGAAGAUCAAAGAAAAAUGAAAAUGGUGUGGUGUCUUAUGUCACACUUAUUUGUGAUUGUGGUGGUGAAUACAAAAUUAAAGCAACAAGUAAAAAUCCCAGCACCAAAAAAAUCAAUUGUCCAUUUAAAUUGGUUGGUUCGUAUAUAAAACAAUUUGAUGGUUGGACAUUAAGGGUGAAAUGUGAUCAACAUAACCAUCCACCUGCACAACAUAUGGAAGGACAUGCUUAUGCUAGGCGGUUGAAAGAAAACGAAAAAAAGUUGGUGGCUGACUUGACAAGUCAGAAUGUUGAACCACGCAACAUACUCUCGAUACUAAAAGAGCAUGAUGAGAAUAAUGUUUCUAUACUCAAAACCAUAUACAAUGCACAGUACAAGCUUCGCUCGUCCCAAAAUGAUGGAAAAACUCCGAUGCAGGUAUAAUAUUUCAACAAGUA